AUGGCGUCGCUGAAUCUGUCAACAAACGGCCCGUCAAUCAAGAGCAGCUACCAAGGUGUCAUCAAUGGCCCCGCCGUCUCGUCGACCUCCGCGACCGCGGCGCGCUGGGCCCUCUUCACCGUGCAGGCGCCAUUGCUAAAUGCGUUUCAACACACCGGUGCAAAAGAGAGCAUUCUGAAGGUCGAGAGCACUGGUGACGGCGAACUCUCCGAGCUUGUCGAAGAAUUCAACGAAGGCCGCAUUCAGUUCGCAUUUGUGAGAGUCAAGGACCCGAACACCGGGCUUCCGAAGAAUGUUCUCAUCGCCUGGUGCGGCGGCGGGGUGCCCGAGCGCACUAAGGGGUACUUCACGAGCCAUGUCGCCGCUGUCUCCAAGGUCCUUCACGGCUACCAUGUUCAAAUCACAGCGCGUUCCGACGCCGAUCUUGUGCCCGAAGACAUUAUGCAGAAGGUGGCGGAUGCGUCGGGAGCAAAGUACUCGGCGGGCGGGUCCGCCCCAGCCCCCGCCCCCGCGACGGCGCCACCUGCGGUCGCCAAGAAGCCCGUCUUCACCCCGACAACAUCCGGUUCCGGGAGCUCCUUCAACCCUCUUGUAGCUACACGCACCCGGAGACAGGAGCAUGGCGACGACGAUGGCUGGGGCGCCGAUGCACCGCCGGUCACACGCACUGAGCUCGAAAGGGUCGAGCCGGCUUAUAAGCCGACCAAGGUGGACAUUGCUAGCUUACGGAAGAACAACGACGACUCUCGUUUCAAUGGUCCAUCGAAGCAGGACGACCGGCCGAGCGAUAUCGUGAAAGGGGGGUACCAGCCGGUGGGCAAGAUUGAUAUCGCUGCGCUCCGGGCGCAGGCGAAGGAGGACGACCGCCCCGCCGUGGUGAAGGGCGCUUACGAGCCUGUGGGUAAGGUUGAUAUCGCCGCCAUCCGCUCAAGGGCGCAGCAGCGUCCGGCGGAGUCGGAGGAGGAGCCGGCGCAGCCCAAGAGCCUCGCGGAGCGCACCGCGGCCUUUACCCAGUCGGAACGCCUUACCGAGCUGCCCAAGCCUAAGGUUGCGAAGAAGUUUGGCGGAACGCCUUUCACCGGAACUAAAGCUCCAACCCCCGUAGGCCUGGGCUUCGGCGCUCCGUCGGCGCCGGCGCCACCGCCUGUUGGCGCCGCUAGCCGGACAUUCGCUGAUCAGGGCGGCAAGACGCCAGCCCAACUUUGGGCAGAAAAGAAGGCCAAGCAAGGUGGUGCGGCUGCAAGCACCCCAUCUCCGCCGGCGACAUCACCGCUCACGACGCAGAAGAGCGGUAGCGAGUGGAAGAGCGGCUACUCGGGCAAGAGCUGGGCACCAGUACCCACCACCAACUAUGGCCGAGGCGGCGUGGAGAAGCACGGGACGGGCGGGACUGAACGAUCUGAGCCCGAGCCGGAGGCGGAGUCACACGCCGCUGCGUGUGGGGGCGUUUCGGCGCUGCGCGACAGAUUCAAAGGUGCAUCGCCUAUGGGCACCAUCACCCGGUCCCCCCCUGCGGGUGGCUCGACGCACGGCGAGAACGAGCCAGCUCCGCCGCCGCCGCCGAUGGACAGCCGACCUGCUGGUGGUUUUGCUCUUCCGGGCCUCCCAUCUCGACCUGCUGCUGAUAACCAGGAAGAAGAGGAGGAGUCAGAGGUGACACCGUCUAUGCCGUCCCGCAACUACGAGGAGCGCGAACCGUCGCCUGUUCGGGUCGCGAUGCCCGUGCCCCGCAGUGCGGUACCCGAGAUCGAGCCGGCGGCCGAAACGCUUCCUCCACGGCCGGUGCCGGUUCCGCAGGAGCUGCCCAAGGAAGAGGAGCUCCCCACUGAACAAGACAGCCACGACCCGCGCGCUGCCGCUGCGGCUGUCGCCGCUGUGAGUCAAGCUGAAGACAGCCAGCCAGGAGCCACUGGGGCGGCUGGCGGUAAGAAGGCCCUGGUCCAAUACGAUUACGAAAAGGCCGAGGACAACGAGAUCGAACUCCGGGAAGGCGAGUAUGUGACCAACAUUGAGAUGGUAGACGAUGACUGGUGGAUGGGCACCAAUGCUCAGGGCGAGAGCGGCUUGUUUCCGAGCAACUACGUUGAGUUGGUUGCCGACGAUGAAGGGCCUGCUGCCCAAGAACCGCCAGCCCCGGCCCCUGCUCCUGCUGCUGCUCCCGCCCCUGCGCCGGCAGCACAGGGAGCGGCCCAGGCUGCGGCAGCUGGGCCCACGGCCACCGCGCAGUUCGACUACGAGGCGGCAGAGGAUAAUGAACUGAGCUUUCCGGAAGGGGCCACGAUCACGAACCUCGAAUUCCCAGACGAGGACUGGUGGUUCGGUCACUACAAGGGAGCGUCAGGCCUUUUCCCGGCCAACUACGUCCAACUGGACUCGUAA